AUGGCGGAUCCUCUCAGCAUCGCAGGAUCCGUGGUCGGCAUCACCGCAGCUGGCGUACAAGCCUCUGUCAAGCUGUACGCACUCGCCGAAAAGGUCGCGACAGCGAGUCAAAGAGUCACAAGCAUCGCAGACGAUAUUAGCAGCACAUGCGCUAUCCUCAACCAAGUGCGCGAACUCAUCAUACCUCAGCCUGAUGCGCAAGGCACGCUAAAGUCGGUCUUCAAUACCGUCGCCCUAAACGACAUCUCGCAUGCUCUCCGUCGUUGCAGGUCCUCUUUUACGGAAAUCGAGACUCUUUUGCGUCGCGCGUUCGAGCAGGUGGGAAAACGCCCGGCGCUGCGUUCAAACAUCAAGCUAUCCCGGUUCGAACAAGCGAAAUGGCCGUUCUUGCAGCCACAAUUCGACGAACUGCGCAACGAUCUUCGAGAUGCGAAGGGAAAUCUUGUCUUGAUGAUUGCUGUGGCCAGCCUUGCUCUUGCGCAGAGAGAUGGACGACAGCGACCGAUCCAUGAAACGGAGAGACUAGAUCUUGGAUCUACGAUCGUGCAGCUGCAACGGGCGAGUACGGUCAAGACACAACCUCAAUACUUUUCAAAGAUUCCUCGAACGGAGUUGAAGGACUCGCAAAGGCUUUUUACCUCAGGUGUUGAUGCCGAAAAGGGCAUGUCUUCCAAGCAAACACCCAUGUUUGAGAUGGCGACUUUGGCAAAAGCCCUUCCGCCUGGCCCGCCAGCGUUAGAAACGUUCACGUCAGCUUCCAAUGACAGAGCUAAAGGCAACCCUGUACCCAGCACCCGUAUGGCUAUCGCAAAUAUGCCUCAGGCCUAUGAUGAAGCACAAGUGCAAGCGGCAUUUAUCAAUACCAUGCCGCACCCAUCUCUUGAACUAAGUGAACCAGUUCGGAUCGCUUCACGUUCAAGUCCGGGGGGUAUAUUAUCGUCACGAAAAGCAAUGGCUCAUGGCUUGAGUUCCCCACGGGAGUCGCAUCUUCCCGAUCAACCCAUUCCCGCAGAACCUAUGUCAUCCAUCCCAUCAUUCGAGUCGACGGUAGCAGCCCAGCGACAUGAGAUGCAGUCUGAGGCGACCACCGCUGCAGGCGGUGACAAUGUAAUCGCAGCAGACAAUGACGAUGUCAUCUGCUUCUAUUCGGGGUUUGCUACCACUUAUCUUCAGGGACUCACGACAGGCCACGGAGACUCCCUCUUAUUGGAUGAGAUGGAGCUACCCCACGCCUCACUCGAGAAACUGGUCAAAACUUACACCGACGAAGGCAAUGAUCCACAUAUUGCGAUGUCAGAGCUCACUCGAGAGCAACAGGCCAUGAUCAAAGAAACAACCCCAGAAAGAAUCUGGAAAAUAGCGUAUGUCCGCUUGCAACGCAACAUCAGUGUAUCCAGCGUAUUCGGUACAUUGAAUGUUGAAACACUCAAGUGGAUCUUCAAAAUGGAAGUUAAAAUGCCAUCGGUUGAGAAUAAACCAGGUCGUUCAGGUGGUACCGGACUGUUCUCAAAUUACUCUCCAUAUGAAUCGUCAUCGUCCACACGGCUUACACCUUCUGCUUCCUCGACUCCCGACCUCAUUCGCAUGUUCAGCGGCAGACACCGACGAAAACAAGGCGGUAAUAUACGCAAACAAAUACCUCCUGAGCCUACCAGGAGUGACUUAGUGUCUCCGGACUUCAAUAUGUACAACCAAAGAUCCUCCAAGCCCGGAGAAAAGCCAGUUACACCUGAACCUAACCCCGAAUUCGGUCCAAUAAUGGAUUUAUCGAAUGUCAUUCCACUCGCUCGUUCAAAAACAACACCAAUGCCGGAUGCGGACGACGAAUCUGACAACCAGCUCGAUUCACCACCACAACACCCGCACGAUGAAUCUGAGGAUCCGCUGGAAGAGCAAUUCACCUAUGAGAUGUCCAGCACACUGGACAAGGAGGACGAAGCGUUCGCCAGGACAUCCGUAAAGUUUUCGGAUGCCUCCAAAUCUGGUGGAUAUUCUAGGCCACGUGCAUCUGAGGCCGCGGAAUACGUUGAUCCAUCAACAUCAAUACCGACCGAAUACAAUCCCGACGUUGAUGCAUGGGCCGCGCAAUACACUGACCCAUCAGCAUUAAUUCCACCCUCAAUGCCACUCUACCUCGACAUCGACCUUGAUACACAUGCCGCGGAGUACGUCGAUCCAGCAACAACGGCAAUGCCAGAUGCGGACGACGAAUCGGAAACCUAUGAGACGCAGCCCAUGAACCCCGGUUCAAGCGGAUCAACAGACCUGGAGCGACAUGAUCCCUCACGUACUCCGUCGUCUCCCUCACACUCUCCACUUCUGCUCGCUCAGAAUAAACCAGAUGUAUUACAACACCCCGGUCGGGCCGUUCCACUGGAGGGAAUGACACCGUUUGAUCUACCGUAUAGGGUCGAGGAAUUUGGGGAACGUGACGGUUACCUUGAACCUCCUUCUAUUCCACAUCCAGGGGAAGACGAAUCGUUUGAUCGAUUCCGCGAGGAGUCCCAAAUAUAUCAUCCGCGCCCCGAAUGGGAUGCGACGUCUUCGCGUUCGGAUCGCACUGGCUAUAACACGGUGAGGCGCUAUAAGAUGCCCGAUGACGGCAUGGAGGAAGACACAGUCCUUCCGACGCCUCUCGCGGAGGAGGAUGGGGAAGACAUCGUGAACGAACUUCUCGCUCGAUGGACGACAUCAUGA